AUGCAUUGCCUUUUCUACUCAUUUGGGGAUGGAGACAUAAGAAGUCCCUCUACAGAUGAUGGAAGCUCUCCAGAAAUAUUAUUGGAAAAACCCUUUAUAUAUUUUGGACAUGUUUAUCAAAAGACUCAUGUUAAUAACAAUGGGCAUUUGACAUUUGAUGGGCCUUUUUCACAGUCGAGACCCAGUUAUUUACAGACACAAAUCAACAGAGAAAUUAUUGCUCCACUUUGGACAGACAUGGACAACAGAUUCAAUGGAACAAUCUCCUAUCGUCAGGUCACCAGUGGUGGACUCUUAUUAGCAGCAUCAAACAAUAUAAACCAGUAUUUUCCUAAUCUGAACUUCACUGCAUCAUGGCUGUUCAUUGCCACUUGGGAUAAAGUACCAUACUUUGCCAGCUCACAAUCGGAGUCAACUUUUCAAGUGGUUUUGGUGUCUGGCAAAAACAUGUCAUUUACGCUCAUGCAUUAUGGUCAUAUCACUCCAAUCACAUAUCGUUUUAUGUCUGGCUAUGACACAAGUGAUUCAACUGAUUUCUUUUUAAUUCCUGUCUCUGACAUCACAAAACUGUCAAACACAAGCAAUGUCAAUGUCACGGGUCGAUGGGUAUUUCGAGUUGACCGUACAUCAGACCAUAAUGACCUUUUCUACCCAUUUGGAAAUGAAGACAUAAAGAAUCCCUCUGAAGAUGAUGGAAGCUCUCCAGUAAUAUUACUGGAAAAGCCCUUCGUAUAUUUUGGACGUGUUCAUCGAAAGACUUAUGUUAAUAACAAUGGGGAUUUGACCUUUGAUGGGCCUCUUUCACAGCCGAAACCCAGUAAUUUACAGUCGCAACUCAACAGAGACAUUAUUGCUCCACUUUGGACAGACAUGGACAACACUGUCAGUGGAACAAUCUCCUAUCGUCAGGUCACCAGUGGUAGACUCUUACUAGCAGCCACAAACAACAUAAACCAGUAUUUUCCCUAUCUGAACUUCACUGCAUCAUGGCUGUUCAUUGCCACUUGGGAUAAAGUACCGUAUUAUAACAACUUGCAAUCGAGUUCCUCUUAUCAACUUGUUUUGGUCUCUGGUGGCUCUCUGUCUUUUGUCUUGAUGAACUAUGGAAAUAUCUCCUCUACGGAUCACCGGUUUCAGGCUGGCUAUGGCACAUUAAACUCAAAAAAUUACUUUUCCAUCCCUGUGCCUGAUGAAAAUAAACUCUUCAACUCCAGCAAUGUCAAUGUGUCAGGACGCUGGGCAUUUCGUGUUGAUGGUGGACCUGAGGAAGGAAUUUUCUACCCAUAUGGAAAUGAGGAUACAAAAAACCCUGCAAAAUAUUUUGGAAGUUCACCUCUGAUCCCUCUGGCACAGCCGUUUGUCUACUUUGGGCUUAUUUAUAAUCAACUACACGUGAAUAACAAGGGGUAUUUGACUUUUAAUGAGCCGUUUUCCCAGUCGUAUCCCAAUUCUUUUCCUGCAUACUCGACUAGAGACAUCAUCGCUCCACUAUGGACAAAUAUUGACAUUACAAAUAAAGGAACCAUCUCUUACCGACAAGUAACAGAUUCUCAUCUCUUGAAUCGGGCAUCAAAAGAUAUAAACCAAUAUUAUCCCAACUUGAACUUCUCUGCUUCAUGGGUUUUCAUUGCUACGUGGGAUAAAGUACCUUACUUUAUAAACAGACGGACAUCAACCUUCCAAGUGGUUUUGGUGUCUGGCAAAAACAUGUCAUUUACACUUAUGCAUUAUGGUAAUAUCGGCCCAACAUAUUAUGUUAAUUACGGCUAUGACACAAGUGAUUCAACUGAUUUCUUUUCCAUUCCUGUCUCUGACGUUACAUACCUUUCAUACACAAGCAAUGUCAACAUCACGGGGCGAUGGGUAUUUCGAGUUGACUAUGCAUCAGACAACAAUGGACUGUUCUAUCCAUUUAGGAAUGGGCGCAAACUAAACCUUCAACAAUAUGGGUUUUCAGAGCUCUAUUUGCAGACACCAUUUUCUUACUUCGGGCUCACAUACAGAACUGUUUAUGUUUACAAAAAUGGAUUUCUUACUUUCAACUGGCCGCUGUUUCCUUCAAGUCCCCCUACUCUUCCAGCAAAUAUAGACAUUGUUGCACCACUUUGGACAGAUAUUGAUAACAGUGACGUUUACUUUCAAGAAUUCAAGGGUGUCCGAGUACUACAGCGAGUUACAAAUGAUAUGUAA